AUGCGGCCUUCCGGACACAAUGGCGGCGGCGGCGGAAGCGAGGAAGUACUGCCGUAUGAACGCAAUGCCGGGCUCAUCAUGGCCACCAACAAUGCAACGACAGCUUUCAAAGCCAGCGCCGAGCGCCUGUACUUACCGAAACCACAUUUCCACAAGUUCUUCGCAAAGAAGGUCAAACGAGCCUCACCCGCGGUCCAUCGUGGCUACUGGCUUCGAAUGCGCGCCAUCAAAUGGGUGAUACAGCAGUUCCUCGAAAGACCCUCGGACCAGAAGAAAGUCAUCAUCAACUUCGGCGCGGGAUAUGAUCCUUUGCCAUUUCGAUGGUUGACCCAGGGAGACAAGCUUUGUGCCGGCGCCAAAUUCGUCGAUGUCGACUACGACCUAGUGAUGGAGACCAAGCGAGACAUUAUCAUGAGCACCCCGGAGUUGAGAGACUUGCUGCAUUUCUCCGGCUCAUCUUGCGCCGGCAGCGACCCUUCGGUUUUGGUCGAUAGCGAAGAAUAUGCUGCAAUCGGGUGCGACAUGCGUAACCUCCGGACAUUGGAAAGACUGCUCAAGUCAAUGCUCAACUUGGAUGAGUGCUCAGUCCUUUGUAUAGCCGAGGAUUCUACCUCGUUCAUGCCUGUGUGCGCUGCCGACGCACUCAUCUCUUGGUCUUCAAGGUUAUCAAAAGAUGUCACUUUCUGCCUCCUUGAGCCUUGCAGCCCCGAUCAGCCAGACAAUCCUUUUACGAGGAAGAUGACCGAUCACUAUGCUGGCCUCGGCACACCCUUGAAAUCCGUCUUCCAAUACCCAGAUGAUCGCUCCCAGGUCCAGCGCUUUAGUAACGCAGGUUUCAUUCAAAUUGAUUACCAAUUCCUCUGGGAGCUCUGGGCUGACCCCCGUUUUCUAUCUCCUUCGCAACGCAUGGAGCUGGACCAUGUUGAGCCGUUCGAUGACUGGGAAGAAUUCGCGCUUUGGGCGAGCCACCACUGUCUGGUGAUCGCACAAAACAGCGUUCAUCCCAUUCUUCCAGGAAAGCUUUUCAAGGCUCGUGCCAAUUCUGUGUCCAGCGAAGCCUCUGAUAUCUCGGCGAGGACUUCCUCGCCGUACAAUCCCGACUCCGAACAUUUCGCUUACCGCCAUUACAACGACCCGGGUGAACUCUGCCAGCGCCACCACGGAUCCGCGUAUCCCAUACCCGACCAGGACGCCGUUGCCAUCUUUGGCGGUGCUGGAUCAAAAUCAUGUCUUUCGACAAGUGCCGUCUGCCGACCACGCCAUCUGAAUGAUGAGACACCCGUGGUUUUGCCACCCGAAGUCGGUGCUCGAUGUUGUCAUGUCAUAACUGCACUGAAUAAUGGAGAUAACAUUCUGGUUGGUGGCCGGCUCUCACCAACUCAACCUCUAAAGGACUGUUGGUUACAGAAAGGGAAUACUUGGUACCGCAUCCACGAUCUGCCCGAAGGACGGUACCGACAUCGAUUAGCACCGGUGACCUUGCCUGACAAUGUCUUCGGUGCCAUCUGCUUUGGCGGCAAGGUAAGCCCGACUAAAGUGGCCACCGAAGUACUGCUGUGGGACCCGCACAAAGGCUGGCGCGAGCUGCGAAUUUUCGGCAAGGACCCCAAACCUAGAUUUGCACCAAACUUUGUGUGUCUAGGUUUCAACCAUGGCCUGCUGUUUGGCGGCAUGAGACAAGACGGUGUCAUAUGCCAGGGCUUCUGGCGCUGGCGACUCGUGAUCCGUGAUAAUGCCGUGCUAGCGCUGAGAUUUCGCCCUUCACACGGAUUGGAUACCAGCAUUGGGUCAUACCAAUACUUUGCUCGAUUCGGUGCUUCCUAUGGCUUCGUACAAGACUACCUUCUGAUUAUCGGCGGCAUAGCCAGACUGGGAUGUAUACCCAAAACGUACGAGAUCUUGUCGAUGACCGGGUCAUUUUCCACUUGGCAUGACGAGAGCAAGGAACCGAGCUUCCGGGUGUCAUGCGUGGAGGCAGUCUGCUCGCAGGACUGUCCACGGCCAUUCCUCAUUGGUCAUUCCACAUUACGAACGCGCGCUGGGAUGUACGUUAUCCUGGGCGGGGGUGCCGACUGCUUCAACUACGGCGAGUACUUCAACAAAGGAAUCUGGGUUCUGUAUGAGAAAGAAGCCGGACUUGCCGCUGAUUGGGUCACGGUGCCCAGCAAGGCCUCCAAAUAUCCUCCAACGAACUCCGACUCGAGCUUCACCGCAGGUGACAGAUGUCCCGAGGGGGUUCUGAUUGCCCCGGUCUUGCUGACCGACCCUGCAGACUUCCAUGCUGCAGUACGUGUAUCGCGACCUCUGCUCAUGAACCGGCUUCAUCUGGGGUCGUGUCGAUUGUAUUCAGUCGACUUUCUCAAAACAGCAAUCCUUCAGAACACGAUGAGCGAGGAAAUGAGCAAUCUACUGAAAGGUUCGACACAUGCAAAUAUGUCGCUCGUCCAAAUCUUGGACGCACUCGGUAUGUGCUCAACAACUUUCGACAUUCGCAGUCCAGCUGCCAAGCUGGAAAACAGGAAUCCAGUAUGCGACCGGAGAGAUCAGCGGAUUCUUGGUGAUCAGUUCCCAAUUCCCGCUCAAUUAAGCAGCGUUGCGCCUCUUAUGCACUCGCUCCAGCUGUUAAUAUCAAAGAAGAUCUCCACCAACCUUCAGUACAGUGCGAUGGCAAAUAUUGUGUUCCAACUCCACGGUACCCGAAAGUUACUCUUAUUUCCACCCAGCGACCUAAGCAAGCUCGAAUUCCCACCAGGAGCCAGCACGAGCAAUCUUGAUAUAUUCUGUGAUAAAACACCAUUGCAGGGGCAUACCUUCUAUGCACCAUCUGGCACAAGUCCCCACAUCGCCAUACUGAGGCCCGGAGAUGCUUUGUUCAUUCCACCGUUCUGGUCUGCAGCCAGUGUGAUCUACCUCAAUGGCGGCAGUGAUAAAGACCGUCUGUGCAAUGGUGUUCUCACCCCGAGCACCCCGAGCGAGAGACUAUCCGGGCUCAGCAGCAAUGGCUCAAUCUCGGGAAGUGAGUCUGUGUCCAAUGUCAAAGAAGCGCCACGCAUUCAAGAUGACUGGGUCGACGUGACAGUCAAUCUCUCCUUCCGUAACCUACCGCCCCAUGUCUUUAGCGCCACUUCCCGUCACGGUUCACCGCGUGAUCUGGCAGCCUAUGAAGAGGGGCGACGAGACCUCGAGAAUGUUGUGAAGAGAUUCUCGAAUGUUUGCCAUUCUGUGCCACAGCACAAUGGACAAACUGCACUUAGCAAGUCCGCUGUGAGCUCAGAUCUCAUGCUUACAAACAUGCCAAAGGACAUAGCGAAAGCUUAUCUGCAAAGGUUGGGCAGAGAGUUAUUAAUGAAGGCCGACGAAUUGUGA